AUGCCAGAAAGCCUGCUUGGACUCGAAUGGUUCGCACCCCUGGGAAUCGGAGUGACCGGAAUUAAUAGCGUCACCGAGACGGACUGGGAAGAGAGCCUGAUGAAGGAGUUCCAAGACGUAUUCGACGGGAAGCUAGGCAAAUACCAAGGGACCCCUAUAUCAUUUAAUUUGAAUCCUAACAUAGCGCCACUUCCCAUCACUGCAUCAGACAUCGUGAAAGAGACAGCAAAAGACACACAGAUGGCGCGGAUUUUAAACUGGGGAUGUAUACUGUGGGGGGAUAGGGUUGUCAUUCCGGAAAGACUGCAGGAAAAAGUAUUGUGUAUGUUACACGAAGGACACCCGGGCAUUGUAAAAAUGAAAUCCCUGGCCAGGAGUUACGUCUGGUGGCCAGGGAUGGACAAGGACAUUGAGACAUGGGUGGGAACAUGCACGAAAUGCCAAAAAUCCAGACCUACCCCCCCUCCUGCACCGAUCCUCAACUGGGAGACACCCAGGGGCCCCUGGUCGAGGAUCCAUAUAGAUUUCGCAGGACCCACAAAAGGAUAUACAUUUCUAAUAAUUGUCGACGCUUACUCCAAUUGGCUGGAGGUCAGCGUCAUGCAUUCCACAACGACAGAAGCCGUCGUCAAACAGUUAAGAAAAUUAUUUGCAACGCAUGGGUUACUGGACCUAUUAGUCUCAGACAACGGCCCGCAGUUCACAGCGUUGUCUUUUGAAAAAUUCCUCGCCGAACAGGGCAUACGGCAUGUCCUAACAGCGCCCGCUCACCCAGCUACAAACGGACGGGCAGAACGCAUGGUUCAGUAUACCAAAGAGGCAUUAGAUAAGCUUGACACAGGGGACAUUCAAGACAAAAUCGACAAAAUGCUAACCAUCCAACGUAUAAUACCGAGCACAUCGACUAACAAGAGCCCAGCAGAACUUCUGAUGGGCAGGAAACUACGGUCGCACCUGGAUAGAUUACACCCCACAUACAACCCUGAAAAGCCACCAGACUUCUCGACUUCAGCCAUCCCUCUUAUUAUCAGCCCUCGCAAUGUGACCUACACAUUUCAGAAGGAUUACUCAGAAUAA